AUGUGCAAGUUAUGUGCAAACGUUGGAAACGUCGAUUUUUUGUAUCAAAAAGAUGACAAAUUAAAACCUGGGGAUGUUCAAAUUUUGCAAGAAUGGAUGGCUAAGGAGCAACAUUUACCGAAAAUUUCGGAUUACCAAAUGCUCCUUUUUAUAAGUAGUUGUUAUUACAACAUCCAAGCGACGAAAUCGUGCUUAGAAAACUUUUAUACCUUAAAAACUCAUUGCCCCGAAUUCUUUUCCGGUCGAAAUCUCAAUCAAGAAUCGGUUAAAACCCACUUAAACACGGUCAUAGCAGCUCCAUUUCAGCAAUUAAUCCCGACCAACAACUACAUGGUUUGUAUCGUAAAGCUUCAUAACUGCAAAACGGACACUUUCGUCUUCAACGACACCAUAAAAGUAAUCGAUAUGGCAUUGACUAUUUACAAUCAACAAUUAGGGCCGCAAGAAGCCCAUGUUUUGAUCAUGGAUGGGGCCGGAUUACAAUUAGGACACGUCUUAAAAAUGAACAUAAUGAGCCUAAAAAAGUAUUUCAUUUUCGUGCAAGAAGCGAUGCCCGUUCGAUUAAAACAAAUCCACGUCAUCAACGUAAACGGGAUAGUUGAGAAAUUCGUUAACUUAGUUCGGCAGUGCUUAAAAAAAGAAUUACAAGAACAAAUGUACUGCCACAGCAAAAUGGAAAGUUUGUACAAAUUCGUGCCUAAAGAGGUUUUGCCCAAAGAUUACGGCGGAAAUGAGUUGAGUUUGGAGGAAUUACACAAAAAUCAAGUUGAAAAUAUAAAGGAACACAUCGAUUUGUUGAUUGCGGAUGAAGAUGUGAAAUCCAACGAGCAAAAACGGGUGGGGAAAGCGAAGAGUUUGGAGCAAUUCGGGAUACAAGGAACGUUUAAAAAAUUGGAUAUCGAUUAAUUAUUAUUGUAAUUCAAAAAUCGAAAAAAAUCAA